CGGCCAGCGAGACGAGCUGCCUGCUUGGGAAGACGGUUCUUGCGUUUAGAGUCGCCCGGGGCUCCUGUCCUCGACCUGUCGGUCCAGGAUGGAACCCGAGGAGCGGGCGGCCGCUUUGGCGAUGGCUACGGGGCCUCCGACGGAACGACUUCAGGAGCCAGUGACCUUCCGGGAUGUGGCUGUGGACUUCACUCGGGAGGAGUGGGGGCAGCUGGGCCCUGCCCAGAGGACCCUGUAUCGUGACGUGAUGCUGGAGACCUUUGGGCAUCUGCUCUCUGUGGGGCCUGAGCUUCCCAAACCCGAGGUCAUCUCCCAGCUGGAGCAAGGAGCCGAGCUGUGGAUGGUGGAGAGAGGAAUUGCCCAGGGACACUGUCCUGGCUGGCAGCCUGGACCUGAAAGCCAAGGGCCACCCGCAGAGCAGGGCCCUCUCACGGAGGAGCUGUCUUGCAUCACAGAAAGAAGAGGCUUCCUGGGGGGCGCUGCCGGUCCCACCAUCCGAGGGGAAGGCCAGGUCAAGGCACCUGAGAAGGGCCAGGAUAGUUCGAGGCACUUGGAACUUUGCCUUGAGGAAGCACCCGUUCAAGAUAGAAGCUAUGAAAGUCGCAGCCUUGGGGAAAGCUGUGUCCCAAGUUCACACCUAAACCUGCCUCCAGAGAUUCCUCGGAGAGAAUAUUCCUGUACUUCGAACUCACAGGUUGCCGAGUCGGAGGGUCACUCAGACUCGGUCCGUCAGCAGACAGGCUCUUCCGGGGAGCAGCCGUGUGACAGUGGGAACUGCAGUGCAGGGUCUGGUGUGGCUGUUCCGGCGGCGGAGCUCACUCCAGGCCCCGUGCAGGAGAAACCCUACAAGUGCGCAGACUGCGGGAAGUCCUUCAACCACAACGCGCACCUCACCGUGCACCGGAGGAUCCACACGGGGGAGAGACCUUACAUGUGCAAGGAGUGCGGGAAAGCCUUCAGCCAGAACUCCUCGCUGGUGCAGCAUGAGCGCAUCCACACAGGAGACAAGCCCUACAAGUGCGCGGAGUGUGGGAAGUCCUUCUGCCACAGCACGCACCUCACCGUGCACCGGAGGAUCCACACUGGCGAGAAGCCCUACGCGUGCCAGGACUGCGGGAGGGCCUUCAAUCAGAACUCCUCGCUGGGCCGCCACAAGCGGACCCACACCGGUGAGAAGCCGUACACCUGCAGCGUGUGUGGCAAGUCCUUCUCACGGACCACGUGCCUGUUCCUACACCUGCGGACUCACACUGAAGAGCGGCCCUAUGAGUGCAACCACUGCGGCAAGGGCUUCCGGCAUAGCUCCUCGCUGGCGCAGCACCAACGCAAGCAUGCUGGGGAGAAACCCUACGAAUGCCGCCAGAGGCUGAUCUUUGCGCAGGCAGCCGCUCUCACCAAGCACGAGUGGGCCUGCGACCCGCCUGGGAAUCCAGGGGAGAGGGCUCAGCGGAGCGACCGGCCCUUCAAGUGCGGUCAGUGCGGCAAGUGUUUCAUCCAGAGCUCGCACCUCAUCCGGCAUCAGGUGACUCACACCAGAGAGGAGCCUCGUGGGCGGAACCGGCGGCGGAGGGAGCAGCCCCUGGGUCGCAGCUCCCAUCAGCAUGUGCUGGCAGGUGAGAACCCUGGGGGCGGGCCGAAGGGAGGACAGCCGGCGAGCAGGGCACUUGCCCUCUUUGACAUCCACGAAAUCAUGCAAGAGAAAAACCCGGUGCACGUUAUCGGGGUAGAAGAAACUUCCGUGGGCACCUCCGUGUUACUGAACGUCAGAGACUCCACAUAGGGAAAAACUCUACAAAUGACUGAACCACAGGUACAGACGUGUAACUCCACAUGGGGUGUUCACCGACAGGGGCGCUAGGGAUAAGAAGGCCCAGGGCAACCUCCGACUUCCUAUGAAAGAUGCUUCCCACACACCUUAGAUUGGUAGUCCUCAGAUCUAUCAAGCUUGGUGCCCCCUUUAACAUAGAUAUUUUGUACUGUUCCCUCUGUGACCCUGAAAUGAAUUCAAACAUAACGUCAAAAAAGUCAACCUACAGCUCUGUUUUGUAAAGGAUAAUUAAAAGUAAUUUAUGAUGGAGUAACGCGUACUGAGUUGGUGCAGAGUCUCUCCGUGACU